AUGCCUCCCCACUACGAAGAUAGCAUCGCCAAGACGGGCUCUGGCGACAAGGUCGGCGUACCUGAGCUGGAGAAGACGGCCACACUCGAGGAGGGAGAGGCCAAGUUCAAGAAGCUGGGAUGGAAGCGUUUGACCAUCUGUCUGAUCGUCGAGGCCAUCGCUCUUGGUGCGCUGUCGGUUCCCGCCGCCUUCGCCGCUGUCGGUAUGGUCGCUGGUGUUAUUCUUUCCGUCGGUAUCGGGUGUCUGGCCAUCUACACGAGUUAUGUCGUUGGACAGGUCAAGAUCAAGUACCCCAGUGUAGAGCACUACUCGGAUGCUGUCGGUCUCAUGUUUGGUCGCGUCGGAAUGGAGGUCGUUGGUGCCAUGUUCACUCUCCAUUUGAUCCUGCUCUCGGCCUCGCACACUCUGACUGGAACCAUCGCCUGGAUUCGCAUUGUCGAUGACCCGACAGUCUGCGCCCUCGUCUGGUCCGUCAUCUCGGCCAUUCUUCUGUUCCUCCUGGCCAUUCCUCCCACUUUCGCCGAGUUUGCCAUCCUUGGUUACAUUGAUUUUGCUUCCAUUAUUGGUGCCAUCGGUAUCACCAUCAUCGCUACCGGUAUUCAGUCAAGCGAGGCUGUUGGCGGUCUUUCUGCUGUUUCGUGGAGUGCCUGGCCUCCGGAGGACAUCACCUUCCAGUCUGCUUUCCUCGCAGUCACCAACAUUGUCUUUGCCUAUUCGUUCGCCAUUUGCCAGUUCUCCUUCAUGGCUGAGCUCCACACUCCCAAGGAUUACGUAAAGUCCAUCUGGGCUCUUGGUAUCAUCGAGAUCAUCAUCUACACCGUGACUGGUGCUCUCAUCUACGCCUUCGUUGGCACCGACGUUGCCAGUCCCGCCCUGCUUUCCGGUAGUCACAUCGUCACCCGUGUCGCUUUUGGUAUUGCUCUGCCCGUCAUCUUCAUUUCAGGAUCCAUCAAUGCCACUGUCGUUGGCCGCUACCUGAUUGGCCGCUUCUUCAAGAACUCGCCCAUCCGUUACACAAACACCAAGCAGGGUUGGAUUGUCUGGAUCUUUGUUCUUGUUGCCCAGAUCGUUCUCGCCUGGGUAAUUGCCGAGGCUAUUCCCUUUUUCAGCGACCUUCUCGGUAUCACCUCUGCUCUGUUCAUCUCAGGCUUCUCCUUCUACUUCCCAGCUCUGUUCUGGUUCCUGCUUAUCAAGGAGGGCAAGUGGAACGCUAGCAAGAAGAACAUUGCUCUGUCUGCCCUCAACGCGCUGUGCUUUGUCAUUGGGAUCACGAUCCUGGGAUGCGGCACUUAUGCCAGUGUCAAGGAUAUUGUCGAUUCCUACGCUUCUGGCAGCGUUAGAUCGCCUUUCACUUGCUCUCAGGAAGCUUAUGCUUAA